GUCUUUGCCACGCCAUGACUGCGGUCGUUCGCGCGCUUUCCAAUUGACAGUUCGGUUGGACAAUUUUUUUUUUAAUAUUUUUACCGUGUGUGCCAGUGUUCUAAUAUUGCAAAGUGGAUUUAAACCGUGGAAUUUUGAAAAUAUAUUUUUCUUCUUCAUCUGUUGAAUAAGGAAUCUAAAAUUUAGAACGAUGUUAAGCAAUAUUGAAUCAAAAUGGAGACGAGAGCAAUAAAAAUAAAUUUAUAACAAACGAAAAUGCGAUAAUUUGUAUCAUGAACGGAAUCCGAACCAACUAUAGUACAGAACCAUUCAACGAAAACGGUUUUUGCAACGAUACCGUUAUUAUGAAUAACGAUAACAUAAUGGCGAAUAUAAACAAGGAUAGUUAUAACGACAGAUUGAACGGUAAUGUGGAUGUAGUUGAAGGCAGUAAUACUAAUAAUAUGAGUGAAGUUCAAAGGUUUUAUAAUGGUAAAAGUAUAUUAAUCACUGGAGCUACUGGGUUCCUUGGUAAAAUUUUAAUGGAGAAACUGUUAAGAAGUUGUCCGGGCGUAGAAAAUUUAUAUUUACUGGUCAGACAGAAGCGUGGCAAAGAUAUCUACACGAGAAUAGAAGAAAUAUUUGAUGAUCCUGUGUUCAAUCGUCUCAAAGAAGAAGUACCAAAGUUCAGACACAAGGUGCUCGUCAUACCAGCUGACUGCGAAGCGGCUGGACUCGGCCUCACGCUAUCAGACAGACAAAUUCUUACUGAGAAGGUGAACAUAAUCUUCCACUCCGCGGCCACUGUUAAAUUUGACGAGCAUCUGAGGGCGGCAUUUUAUACGAACGCCCGAGCCCCACUACACUUGUUAAGGUUAGCACGGGAUAUAAAAAAACUCGACGUUAUGAUACAUAUAUCAACGGUGUAUUCCAAUUCACAUUUGCAAUACGUAGAGGAGAAAUACUACCCGUGUGACAUCAGUUGUGACGAGCUGCAGAAAGAAAUCGACAAGAUGACGGACUCCGAGAUAGACAAAGAUUUACCAAGGCUUCUUGGUGCGUGGCCUAACACAUAUACUUUUACUAAGGCAUUAGCGGAGGAAGAGCUGAGAACUACUGCCGGGGAUAUACCUGUCGGCAUUUUCAGACCAGCUAUAGUGACGUCUACGGCGAAGGAACCCAUCAAAUGUUGGUUGGAUAAUAUGUACGGACCGAACGGUGUGGCAGCCGGCAGUGUGACAGGUAUUUUAAGAACCCUCCAGUGCGACGAAGAUGUGACGGCAGAAAUAGUUCCAGUCGACUAUGUGGUCAACUGUCUGAUGGUUGCAGCCGUCAGCGUGCACGCUACUUAUAAAACUAGUCCACCGCCAGAACCGCCUAUCUUCAAUUACGUAAGCUCCGUUGAGAACAGGAUAACGUGGGGCGAUUAUAUGACACAAAAUAUGGCGAGGAUAGACAGAAAUCCAUUCUCAAACGCUAUAUGGUAUAUAUCACUAACGCUAACUAAAUCCGCAUUCAUGUAUAAAUUCUACGUGAUAUUCCUUCAUUUGCUGCCAGCUCUUCUAAUGGACGGCCUAGCCACCUGCUUAGGGAGGAAACCAAAGAUGCUCAAAGUUUACCGUAAGAUUCACAAAUUCUCUUCGGUAUUGUCAUAUUUUUGUACGCGGGAGAUAAUAUUUUGUAAUAAGCGAACGAGGGAAUUGUGGCAUGACACAUCGGAAGCCGAUCGAGAGAUAUUCCCAUUCAGCAUGGCGGAUGUUGAUUGGAACGAAUAUUUCGAUCACUAUCUCGCCGGAAUAAGGAGGUAUCUGUUUAAAGAGAGCGAUGCGACAUUACCGCAAGCCAGAAUCAAAUGGAAAAGAUUGUACUAUCUCCAUCAGGUAGUAAGAAUAAUUUUCUUCAGUUUCGCCAUAUACGCUCUCUGGUCCAUAAUAUCAUUAAUAUUUUAAUAUAAAUAUAUACAACAUCACACAUCACGGCCACAUUGUGCUAAUGUUUACAAAAUGGUACUCACUGCUGCACGACAGAUCACCACAAUUGGUAUUUCCGCAGUUGAUUUUAAAGUCUAUUAUCAAAUUAUUACUUGAAAAUCGAGUACAGAAAUUUGACAGAUUUGUCUAGUCUGACGUGCUGUUGCUGUACUUUUAUUUUGCAAUAUAGUACCUACUAAUUAUGUUAAAAAAAGCUACUAUUGAAACGCUAGCAGAAUUGUGCCCUUGGUUACCACAGGUCAACUUUUUGAACUUAAUCGUUAUCUUAAUAAGGUUUGAAAUCGAUUGGUGACAUUUGACCUUUUAGUAGUAAUCUGGUGUACUGCCAACUGUAUAAAAAAAACUAUGUAUAACCGUUAGAAACAUUUUUUUCUCGAUAUCUCUUGUGAGUUACGAGUGAUGGCGAGAUUAAAACGUCUGAUUAUCUUAAUAUUUGAUUUUACUUGUACAAACAUAACGUGCAUUUUUGGAAUUUAAUAUAUGUAAAAAUGUAAAAAAAUUGAAAAGUAUGUACAAAACAAAAUAAGUAUGUAAUUAUGUUAUUUCCCUAUGAUAAAUUGUUGAAUAUUGUCCCAUCUAAUCUGGUACCAAAUUUAAUUAGGUACUUAGGUUUUAAACUUAUAUUAUAAAUGAUUAAUUGUAAUGUAGGCACAUUUUCUAGUAUACCUCGUGGGUUCGUGUUAUAUGUACUCUUUAUUGUAAAUAAAUAAACGAUUUAAAGUAGAUACAAAGUUUCUAAUAUUGAACAAGUGAUUUUGAAUUUAAUUAUAUCGCCCUAAGGUUUAAAAUGUAUUACAGUGAUAGUUUUGUAACCUAAUAUGCUGUAGACUGAAACACUGUUAUGCCUUCUGUUGGUCACGUAUUAUCUCUUUUAAUUUUUUUUUAAUGUUAGUUGUCACAUAUCCUGCCCCAAAGUCUUAUGGAUAGUUAGUGCUAAAGAAUGUGAAACUGUUGUUGCCAGCAGGAAAAACAAUCCUCGGUGUUGUUAUUUAUAUUUUAUCCUGCACAAUGUGGAGAUUUGUAGUAUGCUAAAAGCUUGUUAAAUUUAAUUGUGGUAACACUACUAUAAACGAGAUAAUACGUUCAAUUGAGUGUUUUUUAUAGCGGUAUCUCGUCAACACUGAAGUAAAUAAAAUUUUCUACUUAAGGGAUCGGGUUCGAUUGUUUGCGACUUAUCAGUACAUAACCACAAACAAUCAGGCCAGCAUUUCCCUAAAAGAAUUCUAAUUACCUUACAUACAUGAAGUGCAAGUGAAAUAGCAAUAUGUCUGCGUACGAGUGAAGAGAUAUGUAACGCCAGGUCAUUGUACGAAUCUAUCUCUGUUCAGCGACAGUGUUAUAUCUAAUGACAUAGUGAUAAAGAUUUCAAUCAAUAUAUCAGUUUUAAAAGGUAACGGAUUGUAACCCCUAACACAUAUAGAGUACGUUUCACUAUUUCGUAACGGAUUUUGGGCAUUAUUAUAUUUUUAUCGUCAUCAAUGUAACUGAAACGGCGAUUUUUCAUAAUCACCAACCAAACAUAGACUUAUUUGUAAAACUUAGGUUAAUGAGGUCUUGGAAGUAAAGGUUGUUGAUGAAAAUAAAAAUAUUUUUUCUUGU